AUGAGGAAGCGGUUGACAGAGAAGCAGGACAAGGAGGAAGGGGAGGAGGUGAGAAGACGGUCACUGAAGAAGAAGACGGAGCUUCAGAGAAGGCGACUCCUGGAAAUAAAGGCGAAGUCCGACGCGGCCGGCCGGAUCCAGGCCUGGUGGCGCGGCACGCUGGUGCGGCGGACCCUGCUGGCGGCCGCGCUCCGCGCCUGGAUCAUCCAGCAGUGGUGGCGCGGGCUGCUGUGGCGGCGGGGGUGCGCGCUGCGGCGGGGGCUGCUGCAGAUCUACGCGGCCGAGGAGCUGGGCGCCGUCCGGCUGCAGUCCUGGUUCCGCAUGUGGCAGUGCCACCGGAGCUACGGCCGGCUGCGCGGCACCGGCUGCCUCUCCCGGGACCCCCAGAGCGGCUUCCGCUUCCAGAUCCAGGAGGCUCCGCAGGAUCCCCAGGACCCGCGGGCCCUGCAGCCUCCGCAGGCGCAGCGCCCGGGGGGUGCCAAAGACCCGGAGUUCCGCGUGGAGAUUCUCUCCGUGUAG